GUUUCUAAAGUUGCCAGUCUCUGUGAGCAUUAAGACAGGGAAGGUGCCAUUUGCUGUGUUGGUUCAUUUUCAGAUUUAUCACCUAUUAUUUGGGGAAGUCAAAAUGAAUGCAUAUGGCUCUGACACCAAGCUCAAUUUAAUGGGAAGAAGAACUAAUUCCAGACCUGAUAUAAACAUGUACACAUUCUCCCAAAGGAGCGAGGGACCCAUCAGAGGCAAUGGCUAUCAGCAGGAAUAUUUAACGGACUAUUCAACGGGAAGGGAGUUGUACAAGGGUGGUCAACAAGUCACCGCAAGCCAAGGAGAUUUCCUUCAACGCCAGUCCAAAAUACAGGACCUGAUGAGACUAUGCAGUGAAAACCUGAACAGAGCAGAGCUUUGUAUACAGUCAGAUAAGAGGUAUAUUGAUGCUGGACAGCCUCCAAAGCACAGUAAGGAAGCAGACAACUGCAUUGAAGAGGCAAAUGAUCUGAUUGGACGAAUUGACAUGAGUAUAAUAGAGAUGAUGCAGAUGGGUCAGCUUACAGAAGCACUGCAAAAGGGGUCUAUUCAGUUGAAAGAACAAUUACGUGCCACACACUAUGCCUUCAAUAGUAUCCGAAAAACUUAUACUGUUCCAAGAAAGAGUACCGGAUCAUGGGCAGACAGUUCGGCAAGCUUCCAGGAUGCUAUGGCCUGGAUAACACAACAGAAGCGCCUAAUAGAAACUUCACCAUUUGGGGAUGACUCUACAGCUAUCGAAAAACAGAUUUUCACACAGAAGAAAUUUCAUAGUACACUUCAACAGGCUCCUGAAAUGCAUAGGGCUAGAGCAGAUGCGAUGGGUAACAAAGCUGCACUGAAUGCUCUGGAUCUAGAAUUCGACUCUCUGAUGAAAAUGUCCAGUGAGAGAACUGAUCAGCUUAGGCACCUGCAGAACAUCAUUGAAGAAAUAUCUAAAGAGAUCAUGUGGGUUAAUGAGCGAGAAGAAGAAGAGCUGGUUUAUGACUGGAGCAACAAGAACACUGCUAUUGCCAAGAAGCAAGAGGAUUACUCGAAACUGAUGAGCUUGUUAGAAGAAAAGGAAAAACAGCUGAACAAACUCAAACAAAAAGUCGAUGUCAUGCUCAAAAAUAACCACCCUGCUUCUGACAAGAUUGAGGCAUACAUGGAUACCCUGCAGACACAGUGGAGUUGGAUUCUUCAGAUCACGAAGUGCAUUGAUGUUCACCUAAAGGAAAAUGCUGCCUACUUCCAAUUCUUUGACGAAGCUCAGGCAACUGAAAAUCACCUCAAGAAACAACAGGAAACUAUUAGGAAGACAUUCCAGUGUGACAAGAACAUGUCCCUGCCUCGCAUACAGGAUUUAAUUAAGGAGUUGGAGAAAGAGAAAGAAAAAAUGUUGGAAUACAGAAGGCAGGUCCGCAGUCUGGUGACCAAGUCCCAAAACAUUGUGCAGCUGAGGCCUCGUAACCCAGACUACAAAAGCAGCAGCCCUGUCAUUCUGAAGGCCCUUUGCGACUUCAAACAGGACCAGAAAACAAUCCGAAAAGGUGAUGAAGGAAUCUUGGUAGAUAAUUCACAGCGCAGCAAGUGGCAGGUGACUGGUCCUGGGGGACUGGAUAUGAUGGUUCCUUCAGUUUGUCUCAUUGUCCCUCCCCCCAAUCCACUGUCUACUAGCAUUGCUACCAAGAUUGAUCAAUACCACGAUGCCAUUAUGUCAAUCUGUAACCAACUAUAUAUCAACAUGAGGAGUCUGUUAUCCUGGAAAUACUGUAUGAUGGACAUUGAGAAAAUCCAUUCCUUGACAAUCGCCACGCUCCAGACAAUGCGUGCUGAAGAUUAUCAUCUGAUUAUCAAGAGCCUGGAUAAUCACUACCAAGAGUUCCUGAGGGACAGCCGGGGCUCAGAGAUGUUUGGUGAUAAUGAUAAAAAGCAGAUGCAGGAUAGUUACAGUGGUGCAACAGACUACUACAAAAACUUGAUUGUACGACUUCCUACUAAGACUUCCGUAACUUUUGUAGUUCCAAACAACUCUAACCCAGCGACAUCCACCAGUGUCUCGACCAGUCAUAGUCAGGUCAGUCAGAGCCUUCUGUUGGACCUGCAGGAGCUUCGUAUGCGUCUGGAAAAUAGCGAAUCUGGAUUGACCCAACACAUUCACAUCCCACUGGAUGAUGACACAGUGAAGGACUGCUUCAACAGGAUAACCACUCUGGAGGGCAUGCAAGGAGAAUUACACAAAAUCAGAGAUGAUUUCAUGAGAAUAAGGGAGAGCAAUUUAAAACAUCUUUCUCAGAUUAAGGAUCCUGACACCAUAAACUUUCUGAAUGGAGAGGUUGCUUUCAUAAACAGAAAACUGACUAACCUAGAUUCCUUUUCUGGAUCCUAUUUGGAAAGAAUAAAGGCACUUCGGGCUCUAUUUCAAAGUAUGGCACAAGCUGAAGAUACUAUCAAAAAGUAUGAGGUCAGGCUCACAGAAGAGGAAACCGUUUCUCUGGACUUCUAUAAAGUAGAUGCCUACAGGGAGACAUUAAAGCAAAUGAGAGCAGAUGUGGAUCAGAAAAGAGACCUCAUCAAGUCCAUGGAAGAUGAGCUACAGAAGGCUAUGUCCCACAAUGGACAGAUUGACGAGUCUUUUCACAAGUGUGAUACCGACCUUUCUAAGUACAGAGAGAAAGUGGGCCAGAUGUCAGAUCGUUGGCAUAGGAUCCAGGCACAGAUUGACAACAGAUAUGUGGACUUGGAGAGCCAGUUGAGACAACUUAAACACUACAGAGGAAUAAGCGGGGCGCUCAGUAAGUGGACUGAUGAUACCCGGCGUCGCCAGGACACCCUGGAGGCCACUAGAUUUGAUGAGCCAAAAGUCAUCAUAGAACAAAUGAAUGAACAGAAGGCUCUGCUCACUGAAAUUAAAGGCAAGAGAGGCACAGUUGAAGAGGUUCAGAAGAAUGCAGAGUUAAGUGCAAGCGCAAUAAAGGAUUAUGAGCUCCAGUUAGCAUCAUACAGUGCAGGCUUGGACACACUUCUGAAUAUACCUAUUAAGAAGACAAUGAUCCGGUCACCCUCAUCUGUCAUAUUACAAGAGAAAUGCAGCUCCAAACUUGCAAGGAACCUCCACCGCAUGGCUUUUUGGCCGAAAGUCUUCUAUGAAGGCCACUUCUGA